AUGCCUCCGAAAUUUGUGAGUGAUGGUGUACAUUUCAAGCAUGCAUUUUGCUCGUUGAACAACGGCAAGCUGGACGACUUCUACAAGGUCGAAACCAAGAAGAAACUUGGUGAAGGAUCAUAUGGCUCUGUCUCGAAGGGUGUGCACAAGUCCACUAACGCGGUUCGUGCUAUCAAGGCCAUUGACCGCACCAAGAUUGCAGAUGGAGAACGCUUCCAGACCGAAGUUGACAUUCAGUCGGCCUUGGACCACCCGAACAUCGUCAAGCUCUACGAGGUCUUCGUCGAUGCCAAGAAGGUCUACUUGGUCAUGGAACUCUGCACCGGUGGUGAGCUCUUCGACCGCAUCUUGGAAGAGGCUGAGAAGCACGAAGGAAGCGAUGCCGCCAGAGCGUUCGAUGAGCGCGGUGCCGCCACUUACAUGCAGCAGAUCCUGGGAGCAAUGAGCUAUUUGCACAACAACGACUUCGUUCAUCGUGACAUCAAACCAGAGAAUUUCUUGCUCCAAAACAGGGAUCCAGAUGCGCCCAUCAAAGUGAUCGACUUUGGCCUGGCCAAGAAUCACAAGGUGGCGUCCGGAGAGAAGAUGAAGACCAAGGCCGGCACCCCGUACUACGUCGCACCGCAAGUGCUGGAGGGUUGUUACGAUGAGAAGUGUGAUGUUUGGAGCUGUGGGGUGAUUUGCUACAUUCUGCUCUGCGGCUAUCCUCCGUUCUAUGGGGACAGUGAUUCCGACAUCUUGCGAAUGGUGAAGAAAGGCGUCUUCACCUUCCCCGCCGAGGACUGGGAGGACAUCACGGCGGACGCCAAGGAGUGCAUCUCGCUGAUGCUCACCUUCAACGCCUCCAAGCGGCCAACUGCAGCACAGAUGCUGGAGCACCGGUGGCUCGACAAGAACGCAGAGGCUCCCAAGGGCAAACCUCCAAAAGACCUGUGCAAGAACCUCAAGAAGUUCAAUGAGGGAUCCCGCAUGAAGAAGGUGGCCCUGACCUUGAUCGCCCAGCAGCUGAAGGACGAAGAUUUGGAGCAGCUGCGCAACACCUUUCUGGUCCUCGACAAGAACAAGGACGGCACCCUAAGCAUCGAGGAGAUCCAGAAGGGCAUCGCAGAGAGCGCCGUGGAGAUUCCCGGGGAUCUCAUUGAAAUCAUGAAGAACUUGGACACCGAUGGAUCAGGAAACAUCGACUACACGGAAUUCAUCGCCGCAACUCUGAGCCAGAAGCAGUACCUGAAGAAGGAAGUGCUGUGGUCGGCUUUCAGGGUCUUCGACAAGGACGGCGAUGGACGGAUCACCAAGCAGGAGCUGGCCGCCAUUUUGAAGGAGCAAGCCGAUGGCGAGGCGAUCAAGGCAAUGGUGUCGGAAGUGGACCUGGAUGGCGAUGGCGAGAUCUCCUUCGACGAAUUCGUGAAAAUGAUGGAGAAGGGCGUGGACGUGUCGAAGUAGACAGACUCAACAGGCAUUCGACAGAAGGUGCAGCGACACUGAGCUUUGGUGAAGAAACAGUCUCAGCAUAGCAGGCUCACCAGAGCGAACAGCACGACCUCAC